AUGGCAGACAACUUUGCGUCUGCGCGCUUCUUCUGUGAAGAGCUUGAAGAGGAUUUAACUGAUCACAUCCAGGAGAACCCAUAUGAUGACGUUGCGCCUAAUCAACCACUAUCUACUGCUACUCAGCAGGCCCUAGAUCUAAUCACACACAACGUCGUUGGUCGAAAUACGUUGUUCGAGUCUCCGUUUGGGCCUCGCGCGCUUUGUUACGCAGACUUCACGGCCAGUGGCAAAUCACUACAAUGCGUAGAAGACUAUGUUAACAGAGAAGUCAUGCCGUUGUACGGUAACACACACACCACCACGUCUGUUACAGGACUACAAACCACGUGCUUUCGCCAUGAGGCGCGCCAGAUCGUAGCGCAAGCCGUGAAUGCCAAGGUCACGGGCCGCGGCGCCGAGGACUGCGUACUUUUUACGGGCCAAGGAAGCACUAGCGCAAUUAAUAAGUUUGUGCAAGCACUAGGUUUGCAGCAAUUAAGUGCUAAUACCACGUCCGACCAGCGACCUGUUGUUUUUGUCGGUCCCUUUGAGCAUCACUCAAAUUUGCUGCCAUGGCGUGAAAGUGGAGCUGAGAUUGUCGCAAUCCCGGAAAAUGAAUAUGGAGAGAUGGAUCUACAGAUCCUGAAGGCGCAAUUGCAGCUCUAUGCAGCGCGUCAACUCAAAGUCGGAGCUUUUUCAGCCGCAUCGAAUAUAACUGGCAUCCUCACGGAUGUAGACGCUGUAUCAACGCUUUUGCAUCAAUAUGGCGCACUCUCGUGUUGGGAUUACGCCACCUGUGCACCAUACAUUAACAUUGAUAUGAACCCUGUUGUGUCGGACGAGAGCCGCCGUCCGUUCGUGUACAAGGAUGCUAUGUUUAUUUCAGGACACAAAUUCAUUGGUGGACCUGGAUCGCCUGGUGUGCUAAUUGUCAAAAAGCGGCUGCUGACGAAUGCAGUCCCGACAAUUACAGGCGGCGGUACGGUGUUUUUUGUGACGGAAACGGAUCAUCGUUACUUGUCAAACCGUGCUGAGCGAGAGGAAGCAGGAACUCCAGAUAUUCUAGGUAGUAUUCGUCUUGGCCUUUGCUUUGAGCUAAAACAACGCGUAGGAACGCAGAAUAUCAUGACGAUAGAGCGGCGCAACGUGCUACGUGUUCGAGAAGUCUUUCAGCAACACGCCAACAUCGUGCUUCUUGGACGUCAGGACGACCGAGUAGAACAGCUACCGGUGUUCUCAUUCCUCGUGCGAUUUCGAGAUCGCUUUUUGCACUACAAUUUCGUAAGUGCCUUACUAAACGACCUGUUUGGCAUUCAAACGCGCGGCGGGUGUCAAUGUGCUGGUCCGUACGCUACUCGACUGCUCGGGAUUACGCGUCGCAAUAUCCUGGCUCUCGAACAAGCGCUUAUCGACAAGAAAGAAAUGCUACGACCAGGGUUCACGCGGGUGAGUUUUCCUUACUUUAUGAGCACCACAGAACGUGAAUAUGUGCUGACCGCAGUAGGAUUUGUGGCGUCAAAUGGCUGGAAGUUUUUACCCCUGUACAAGUUUAAUCAUAAAAGUGGAGUAUGGAAACACUGGAGUCGUUUUACAAAGUUUCCAAGUCGUAAGUGGCUUUCUCAUUUCGCGACGACUCUGGAGGAAAAGACUCGAUCCGUUAGUCUUUCGGGUGAUGAAGAGACUUUGGCUGCCCACCGAGAAGCAAAUCUGACUGAAGCACAUCGAUUGGCAGAUCAGAUGAUGACCGGUCCGUUGCAGAUGGUUGCAGCUUCUGUCAUUCAAAUACUCGAGGCGGCAGACGAUGAAGCACUUCGAUGGUUCGUGUACCCUUCCGAAGCAGUGGAAGCGAUAAGAAAUGGGAACGAGCCUACUUUGACCGAAGCGAUUUGCGGUCCGUACCAGCCUUCGCGUUAUAUCACAGGAGAGCUGAAGGAUCAGUGGGAGAACAUAACGAAUGCUGCCCCUGUCAAUAGUUACUUGCCUUGCUGUCCAAAUCCAUUAGUCCCGGUUUCGACAGGCAAUCACGUGAAAAAUAACUCAUGUGCAAAUGGGCGCGAGACUGGAGGCAAGUACCCUCUUCGAUUAAUCAUCAGCUCAAAUGUCGAGGGUAACACGGAAAGCUGUAGCACCAAUCAUUGUGGCGUGUCAACGAAUAGCUCAACAGCAACUUCAGUGCAAGAGACGACACUCGCAAUGACUCAAAAGACGAUUGCCACGAAACUCUUUCCUACUCCACCCAAAAAGCUAUUGCGCUUAGUGGGUCAAGCUAUUAUGCAGUGGGAUAUGAUUCAAGAAGGUGAUAGACUGCUACUUGGGGUAUCUGGAGGCAAAGACUCGCUAAGUCUUUUGCAUGUGCUUCUAAGCUUUCAAAAACGUGCUCCCAUUCGCUUUAAACUGGCGUGCGCCACUGUAGACCCUCAAACACCUUCAUUCGAUCCGAGUCCCUUGAAGGAUUACAUGCAUACGCUGGGUUUGGAGUAUCAUUAUUUAUCCGAAAACAUCAUCGAGCGUGCGAAGUGUGAAAUGAAUGGAGACUCAUUGUGCAGCUUUUGUGCACGCAUGAAGCGUGGCCUUUUGUACACUUGUUGCCGUAACUUUGGCUUUAACAAGCUUGUACUAGCGCAGCAUUUAGACGAUCUAGCUGAGAGCUUCUUUAUGUCGGCAAUGCACAAUGGGCAACUCCGUACUAUGAAAGCCAAGUACUGGAAUGACCAGCGUGACGUUGAAAUUCUUCGUCCGUUGGCUUACGUGCGUGAGAUUGAGCUCAAGAAGUUUGCUUACGAUUCGCGUCUUCCUGUCAUUAAUGAAAAUUGUCCUGCGUGUUUUGAAGAGCCAAAAGAGCGUCAUCGAGUGAAAAAGAUGCUCGCUCAAGAAGAGAGUCUGUACCCAGACAUGUACAAUAGCCUUCGACGUGCAUUGCUUCCUUUGAUGGACGAUACAAGUUACACAGCCUUAAAAGCUGUACGCGCCCGCGUUGAGCAUGCGAAGCAAGUGCGGAAGCGUGCACCGUCCAGUAAGAGUAAAGGUCAGAAGAGACAAGAUACAAGCCCCUUAAACGAUUCGACUUCAACAGAUGAAGACGAUUAA